UGUAAACAAACAGGGUGACUCAGCACCAGGCCAGGCCACACUCUCACCCGUCCCUCACAUCUACUACUCAGCACCAGGCCAGGCCACACUCUCACCCGUCCCUCACAUCUACUAGACAUGGAAAGAAGACCCGUUAAGAUCCAGCAGUGAUCUGUUAAAACAAAACAACUCGCAGUUUAGCGUAUCAUCAAACCAGCAAUCCAGAACAUCAAUGAUGAACACCCUCCACGCUGGCUCGUCCAUGCUCACCCCAGACAAAGAAGACUCUUGGCCCCCGCUGUCACCACCGCCAUGUGAUAUAAGUGAUGACGAGUUAGUAAGCAUCAGCGUCCGGGACCUCAACCGACAGCUUAAACUACGUGGUCUUUGCCGGGAGGACAUCAUCAAGAUGAAACAACGGCGAAGAACUCUAAAGAACCGGGGAUAUGCUGCCAGCUGCCGUAUAAAGAGAAUAGAGCAGAAGGACGAACUUGAAUCAGAGAGAACAACAGAACAAGUUGAUAUUGAUAAAUUAGCAAGCGACAACGUCAACAUGAGAUCGGAAAUCGACAGGCUGUACCAGAGUUACGAAGCGCUGAAGAAAUUUGCCAACCUGAAGAAUAUUCCUCUACCGCCAGACCUCGAGACACUGUGAUGCUAACUUAGGCAGCAACAUGUGCUUGUGUGUGUCUAGAAACGAUCCUUAUAGAGGUAAGCUGGAUAAGGUUAGGCAUACGAUGAUAAAAUUUCCUGAACAGUACAUUCCAGUUUGAUAAUUAUGGGAGAUAAAGUGUUUACUCAAGGAACUGGUGCUCUUAUAUGCAACUUGCUGCCUAAGAAAGAUAUUUUUCUAUUGUUCAUUGUUAAGCUGCCAUGCUAAUUUAUAAUGUCGUGCAGAUGUUAAGAAAAUGGGGGUAAUUAUUCCACAAACACGGGCAUAUGAUUUAGGCAUAAAAGACAGCUUCUUUUAAUGCAGUUUUUCAUGCUGAAUAUUGUUUUAAUAAUGAAAGUUUGGGGGAAAAUGCAUAAUUAUUGAAUUUACAGCCCUUCCUACUCUAUCAAUCUUGACCUAACCAAAGGUGGGAAGGGAUUCAAAGCUGAGGAAUAAAGUAGGGGUUUCAAAACAUAACUAAAAGAACCUAACCUAACCCAACCUGGUCAUUGCACUCAUUUACUGUGGAGGAAGAGAGGCACGAGGAUGGUGAUGUGGUCAUGGUUGUUGUGGAUGGAGACUUAUCAAGCAAAUAUUUCCUGUAGUGAUAUUUGAUGUUCCCAGCCCUCAGCACCCAUGACUUUAUGUUGUUCCAGAGGCGUUUAAUAUUAUCAGUGCAGACACAGGUUUCAGGGGCAGUCUAUGAAAUGUUCUGAAUGAUUUACAGUCUUAUACUCAUACCCCCCAGCACCACCUGAUGCCAGCUCUUCAUGUCACCAUUACCAAAAACCAUAAUCAAUUAGUUUAUUAUUGUGAAGAAAAACAACAAAAUGAAACCCUAAUUUUCCCCCAGAAAUAAUUAUCAUCACCAUAAUCGGCAUCAAAAACUGUACUAGAAAAUCACAGUCCUAAUUAUGGGCUCGUAAGUCAAUGUUUGGGGAAUAACAGCCAAAAAUAGUAAUAUAAUGAAGUGUUAAUUUUUAAGUCAACAUAUUAUUUUUACCAAGUGUAUGGAGUCAUGGUGUUCUGUUUAGGUACAAUAGUAGGUGUUCUGAUUAAGUUUUAAGGAUUAGUUGUGUUUGAUGUUGCUUGUAUUUACAUGUAGUUGUAUGUAGCUGUAGAUUGAGACUUCAGCUAAGGUCUUGUAUAUUAAAGUAUGGUGUGUAUGA